GACGGGGGCACCAGACGGGGGUGGACGGUGCAGGUGUACCUAAUAAAGUGUCCAGGAGUAAUCGGGAGUAACAGUUAGUUCUGCUCCAGGGCGCCCCCACAGGCGUCCAACCGCCACCCACUUGGGGUGCGGAAGCCCAGCUGUCUUCUGGCUUGUGGUAUGCAGACAGCUGUCCCGUGAUGACUCCGCACGUGCGCGCCCCCGUGCACGCGCCCCCCCGUGCACGCGCCCCGGCCCGGACAUUUAAAGUUUAAAGGUCCAAAGAAGGACAGCUGGUCGCCCCCACGCUCACUUUCUCUUUCACCGCGGUCUGAAGGGAGCACCUUCUCCUCGCUCGGACGCCGCUUCUCCAAGAACUGGGAACCCUCCUCCGGACCCUCACCCUCAGCGCCAUGGGGGCCUUCAUCGCCAAGAUGCUGCUGCCCACCGUCAGCAGCGUGGUCUUCCUGCCCGCCGCCAGCGUGGCCGCCAAGCGAGGCUUCCACAUGGAGGCCAUGGUCUACUUCUUCACCAUGUUCUUCACCGCGAUCUAUCACGCCUGCGAUGGACCCGGCCUCACCAUCCUGUGCUUCAUGAAGUACGACAUCCUGGAGUAUUUCAGCGUCUACGGCACCGCUCUCUCCAUGUGGGUCACGCUCAUUGCUCUAGCAGACUUUGACGAGCCGCAACGUUCCACCAUGACCAUGUUUGGAGUCCUCACCAUCGCCGUCAGGAUCUACCAGGACCGCUGGGGCUACGGGAUCUACUCGGGUCCGAUCGGCUCGGCUGUGUUCAUCAUCACCGUCAAAUGGCUCCAGAAGAUGAAGGAGCUGAGAGCGGUCUAUCCCGACAAGAGGGUCUACACUCAGCAGGUGGGUCCGGGGUGUUGUUUCGGUGCCCUGGCCCUCAUGCUGCGCUUCUAUUUCGAGGAGUGGGACUACGCCUACGUGCACAGCUUCUACCACCUGUCCCUGGCCGUGUCCUUCGUCCUGCUGCUUCCCAAGAAGAACCGCUACGCCGGGACGGGCCGCAAUGCCGCCAAGCUCAGCUGCUGGACGCUGUGCUGCUGCAGCUUGUCCCCCGCAUCGUCCAAGGAGAAGACGAACAAAGCGGAGAAGAAGUCGUCCCGCUUCGUUUGGACCCCCACCCGGCCCCUGCUGGCCCCCCCGCCCUCCACCCCCGUCAAAGGCACCAGCGUCAGCAAGCUGAAGGAGAUGAACGGCUGGAAGUGA